AUGUUCUCUUUGAGUAUUGCAUUGUGGUUCAUCACACUCUGCCUCCUGGUACUCUUCUUUGCACAGGUAGUGUUUAAAGCAAAGGCAAAAUAUGAACCCCAUAAAUACAAACGCCCAUUACGAGCCAUCAUCAUCCUUGCAAUACUUACAUUCCUAGCAGUUAACAUAACAAGUGCAGUACUUGCCCAUGAACAGCGCUCUGUUCCGGGUAUGACAAUCUUCAAAAUCAUACAAAUCCGAGUUGUCAUCAAUGACUCAUUGUUUGUUGUCGCAGGGGUUUCUCUAGCUGUAUGUAUAUAUAGCAUGACUAAAAUGUCAGCCACUAACCUUGUACUGGAGGCAAAGGGUACCACAACAUGCCAGGCUUCAGUUGCGUGUGUUUUGAUAGUCCUCCUUUACACCUCCAGAGCCAUCUAUAAUCUAAUUGUCGUUUUCCUAGGACCUAGCUGCAAUUUGCCCAACUUUGGAUAUGAUUGGGUCAAUGUCUCCGACCAGGCAGACUUUGUCAACCUGGAUGACAGGUAUAACUUUGCCACAUUUGGAAUUGUUCUGUUUAUUUGGGAACUGAUGCCAACAUUUGUUGUGAUCGCUUUCUUUAGAGUGCAGAGGCCAACCCAAUCAAUGACCACGCUAAAUGAUAUGUCCUCCAGAACUUACAAUCCCAGAGCUUAUUUUUUCGACAAUCCACGCAGAUAUGACAGUGAUGAUGACCUCACACGCAGUGGCAAUUCAAGACAAAGCCUAAUAGGGCAUUCAUCCGAAUAUGGCAUCAACAACAGUGGAAGUGGGAGUAUGCCACGUAGCUUUGGAACUCACCAGUAUGGAAUCCCUGGGACUACGCCACCUCUGCUAUUCACAGCCCACAGCAAUAACUCACAGACCUACAACCACAUAAACGGGUAUCAGCAGAAUUAUUAUGAUGGCACGUGAAACCAAAUAAUAUCCUGUACCAUAGAUGUCUCUUUAUAGGAGCCUUUAUACUAAGCCUUUGCUGGUGCCAUUCAGAUUUCCCUCAUGAUAUUGUAUAAUAUGUGUACUCCCUCGAUGAAGAGAACAUGAAGGAAGUGGGAAGCCAAAAUGAAAGGAAAUUAAAUUGCCACAAAGGUCAAUAAAGCAGAAUUAGUAAGCAGGAAAAGAUAUUGAACAAAAGUACAAUUUUUGGUACAUGUACAGGGUGGGCCAAAA